CCAUUUGCUCAGUACAGGAUUAAUCGUGUAUGUUUUCUACAAACAUCAUCACCGUGGCUGAAAGGGUGGCGUGGCGGUCGGUCCAUAUUAAGGAACAAAUCCGAUUUUGCUUCAACAAACAACGUUUUUUCCCAUCAUCAAUUCAAAUCAAGAACAUAAAUACGUAAAUACAACCACAACCACAGCCAAAAAGCCAAAACUCUACCCACACUCACUCACCCACUCACCCACUCACUCAUUCAAACACAUUCAUUCAUUCAUCCAUCCGUCCCCCCCCUGUCCAAUGACGAAGGACCAAAACUCCACUGUUCCCGUACGCUGAGGACGCGCCUUGUUGAACGAUGUCAUCGUCUGCUGCUGGUGCUGCUGCUGCCGGCCAACAACCACCGCGGCCACAGUCGUCAGCGAAUGCGCCCACGUACUUUGAGACGCAGCGGGAGGAAUUGGUUAGGGAGAUUGCAUUGUUGAGAUGAUAGUGUUCCACCCUCCGUCAAAUGCCAUUUGCCUUCUAUAGGGAGAGGAAGGGAGCAGCAGCAGUCUCUUCUGCUCACAACCUUCUCCAUCAUCUCCAUAACCAUCAUCGUCCGUAUGGGGAGAAGAGGGAAGCCAUUCACUCACACCAAAAAUACAAAAUACAACCCAAUCUUCCAGUUAUCUCUAUAUAAUAUAAUAUCGGCACGCUUCCCUUAUAAACCAUGAGCCUACCAACUCUAACAAAGGAAACAUACAUCCAGAGCCUCGAACAAGUCCUCCAAAACAUCAACCGGCUGAACCGGAAUCUGGAAAGCGUUAUCACCGUCGGCAACGAAUUUUCCUCCGUAGAGGCGCUAUGGUCGCAAUUCGAGACGGUGAUGGGGCUUGGUAAUAACAAUAACAAUAACGACAUCGACAACGACAACGACAACGACAACGACAAUGAGAAUGAGAAUGAGAAUGAGGGUCAUGGUGAAGGUGCGCAACAUGACGACCAUGAUCAUGAGGAUGGUGAGAGAGGUCGUGGACACUGACGAGGACGAGGACGAGGACGAGGACGAGGAUGGAGCGGCCCAUAUCCGGGUCCCGGUCGAGAAUAAUAGGUUGACCAUGAGGAGGCGAUGGAGAUAAGUUGUGAUGAUACAUAAUAUAGAUAGAUAGAUGUGUUUGUAGGUGUGUGCACGAAUAGAAGCUGAAGGGGCGACAGUUUGGUAUGAUCCAUAUGGCAUGAUAGGAUUUUUGGUCUUUUUUGGUCUUUUUUUUUUUUUUUUUUUUUUUUUUUUUUUUUUUU